ACAUUGAAUUACUUCCCCCAAUCGGGUUCCUGCACUGAAAAUGAUAUGGUAGAAGAUAAAGACUUCCUUAUUCUGAAUGGUACAGUGGACUUAGAGUCUGCAAGUCCAGUAGAGUGGAAACUUGAUAUUCCUAUUCAAUAUAGAGUACUCUCAACAUUCGAAACAAUAUGCACAGUGCGUAUGAUUGACAGUUGUACCAAUGAUGGCACUAACUGUUACUGCACUUCACAAAUUGGGACUAAAUAUAACUUCAUUUUUAAUAGGACUGCAAAUCUAGCUUAUAGUGGUGCCACAAUGAGAGCUGUACUAGCUAGGUAUAAUACAACCGGUCCUAAAUAUGCAACGGUUAUCAUUCCUGUUGUUCAUGAAUCAGAAGUGGUAAAUUUGACUAUAAGUAAUGAAAUCGUCAAUCAUACAUCUUGUAAGCUAAACUUAACUCAGGAUACUAAUUAUGUACAUACUUUGUCUACUCGCAAUUUAAAAAACCCAAUAUUAUCAAUGCAGUUUGGAUCUAAUUUUGAAACGCUGCACACAGUAAACAACCACACUAUUACAUAUACAAUAAAGACACCACUUAACAAUACUGAUCAGAUUUACACCUAUAAUUACACCGAUGACUGUAAAAGAUCACAGAGCUAUUCUUGUCUUGUUAGUUUAACAAGUGCAGCAACCUUGACUACUUUUUCUAUGACAACAAUCACGGUUGAUAAUUCCACAGAAUAUAUACCAAGAAAAACAACUGAGCCGUCCACAUCUUCUACAUUAAAAAUUGGACUUGGUGUAGGAUUGGGUCUUGGACUCCCUCUUUUAAUUAUUCUAAUUAUUGUGGUUGUCUGGAGCAGAUGUCCAAUCAGCUUUUGUAAAAAUGAAGACAGCUGUUUUGGAAAAAAACACACUUCUGACAUUUCAAGUAAUGAAAAAGGAAGACAAUUGCAGAGCACAAAUAAGUCUUCUGAUGGUAAUGGAACAACAAAAAAUCAAGCAUCAACUAAUGAGAAUUAUAACGAAUCUGCAAUUCAUUAACAAUAAGAUGCAUCAUUCGCAAAAAAUUCUAAAGUGAGUUACAACUUUGUUUUUCUUGAUCGUAGAGUCUUUCUUAAAUAUGUAGGCGUAUAUUUCCUCUGGAUUCCUG